AUGGCCUUCGUCCUCAAAAGAGCCCUGUUUGGGAAAAGUGUGUGCCGUGUUUUGAACACAGCACGAUCCGGUGUAUUGAAGAGCCUCAGUCCACAGUCAAGCGCUCACAGAAUGCUCCAUGUUGGAGCCCGAGCCUCACUGACGAGGGUUUUCAGCGCCAAAGAUGUCGCACUUUUUGCUGAGCUAACAGGAGAUACGAACCCACUCCACCUUGACCCUGAGUUUGCCAAAAAUACUUCUUUUGAAGCUCCUAUUGUUCAUGGCGUGCUGAUUAACGGCCUUAUCUCAGCAGUUUUGGGGACCAAAAUGCCCGGCAGAGGCUGUGUGUUUCUCUACCAGGAAAUUCGUUUCCCGGCACCUUUGUUUGUCGGAGAGGAGGUGGUGGCUGCAGCAGAGGUGAAGAAGAUCAAAAUGUCAUUUGCUUUCAUUUCCGUUUCCUGCUCUGUCAAAGACAAAGUGGUGAUGGAGGGGGAGGUGAUGGUCAUGGUACCAGAGGAUAUGCAGGAGGCCUAGUUAUGAUGAUGAAACUUGGAUAAAUCUCUUAUAUUUUUUUGAAUACGAUUCUUUUUAGUAUUUGGAAAGGUUUUGUUGUUGCGCAUUCAUUUAUUUUAAUAUAGGACAAACUGCAUAAACUGUAAUAGUUUGAAAAACGAGUUCAGAAAUAAAAAUGAACGUUAUUUCCAGA